AUAAAAUUAUCGCUCAAUUGCCACCUCAAAAUAAGCGCUCGAAAUAUAGUUAACUAAAUUUCCAAGAAUAUGAGCAACUCCGUGGAUUUAAGCUCCUACCGGGACCAACAUUUCAAGGGCUCCCGUUCAGAACAAGAGAGAUCUCUUCGAGAAUCGACAACGCUAUAUGUGGGAAAUCUGAGCUUCUACACAACGGAAGAGCAAAUCCAUGAGCUGUUUUCCAGAUGCGGCGAUGUCCGGGUGAUCGUCAUGGGAUUGGACAAGUACAAGAAGACGCCAUGCGGCUUCUGCUUUGUGGAGUACUACACGCGUUCGGAGGCGGAAGCAGCCAUGAGGUUUGUAAACGGUACGCGACUGGAUGAUAGACUGAUUCGGGUGGACUGGGAUGCCGGCUUCAUUGAGGGCAGACAGUAUGGACGCGGCAAAACCGGCGGCCAGGUUCGAGACGAAUACCGCACAGACUACGACGCCGGGCGAGGCGGCUACGGCAAACUGUUGUCGCAAAAGAUCGCUCCCAACACCGAUAACCGCUAACUUAAGAUUUAUAAGAUAAAAGACUAAUCCCACAACUAGAUAUUAAAACACACACAUUUUAGAUAUAA